AUGUACACCCAAUCCCUCUUUCUCGCCGCCCUGACCGGCGUAGCAACAGCCAGCGUUCUUCCCCCGCGGGACUCCUCCCCAGGCGUCAACAUCUACAACAUGGGCUCCGCCCAGCAAACCUUCUACUUCUGCAACAACGCCGCCAACGGCGACGGCACCGCCGACCCAGGCUUCACCUCGGGCACCUCAGGCUGCUCGAACCUCGUGACCUCCGUGGCCGUGGCCCCGAGCGCCUCGACCACCGUCGCCCUCGCAACGACCUUUAGCGGCCGCAUCGCCCGCAGCACCGACACCCCGGCCACGUGGGUCGAGGUGCAGUUCCAGAGCGGCGGCACGGCGUGGGGCGACGUCAGCCUGGAGAUUGGCUGUGACGGCCCUGCGCAGGUUGGGCCUGCGUCCGGCGGCGGCUCGGCGCAGGUGGUGGGGUUCUCGACGCCUGCUGAUAUCGUCAGUGGUGCGCCGGACGGGGCCACCGAGACCAGGGCCGAUGGUGUCAAGGUCAUCUCUGCGCCUUACUCGGAGGGCCAGGUGACCAACCAGGCCGCGGCCGACUAUCUGCUGAGCACAGUGCCGCAGGGCAACACCAUGGCGUACAUCACCACCACCUCUGGAACAGAUGUGACCACGAGCUCCAACAACCAGCUUGAUGUGACGUUCUACUAG